AUGGAGAAUUCAAAGGAGACCCGCAAUACACCCAAGUUCGUCACCCCAAAACGAAUCUUGCGAACUUCGGGAAAUGUGAUAAACGGGAACGAAAUAUGGUCUUUUACCUUGAGCAAUGGUGACUUCGACAACAAGGCUGAAGUCAUCUUUGACUACGGUCGCUGUGAGGGCGGUUUCCCCGUCUUCACCAUUGCGUCUACGUCAGCGCCCGAAGGACACCAACAAGUCGCGUUCCAGGUCACCUACAGCGAGACUAUACAGGGAAUCGACAAUGAGAAUGGCGAUGGCCCAUUCUUCUUAUUCUCCAACGCGAUGGACAGCUAUCGAGUCUGCCAACACCACGCCACUAUCACCAAUGAUACUCAAACUGUGAAGCCUCGAUUCACUCAGGCAUCCCAGAGGUAUCAAAAGAUUACCUUGAUAGACUCAAGCACGAGCAUCGUCUUCUCCAAGGUCGGCUUCCAAGCCGUGCGCCCUGAUGCUCCAGUGAAAGCCAACUUCCACUGUUCUGACGAAACCAUCAAUCGCAUCUGGAGAGAUGGUGUUCGAACCGUUGACUUGUGCACCGUUGCUCGUGAAGAGACUGUUCCAGCCUGGGACGUUACUGAUGAGGGCACUCGUGUUUAUGGAAGCCAUUGGGCUCCUUGUCGACAUGGAACGAGAUGGUUGGAUUACAAAGUCAUAUUCAAGACCAAGAUUGAAGAUCAUGGCGCGAGCUGGGCAGUCCGGAUGAUCACCAACGGCUUGAUAUUCUGCUUGGAUACCAGGAGCAGAACGUUGACGGCUGUUGAGGGACUGUCGAACAAGUCAUGCAUCCUGCCCUCGUUCGAGAAAGGGUCAUGGCAGCUGCCAGAGGCUCUGGACCUAUCGGGAUGGUUGACCAUCGAGACAGUCGCAGUCGAAGAUCACGUUACAGUCACUAUUGAAGGCCAUGAGGUUGCUACUGUAAGAGACAUCUAUGUGAAGGCGAUGCUUGGAAACAGCCUUGUUAAUACCGGAUCUGUGGCGUUUGGUGGACCACCUGGUUGGGUUGCGCUCUACCGCGAUCUAUCAGUCACGGAUCUCGGUGGCCUAGCUCUCUACGAGAACUCCCUGUUGCAUACUGAAGCUGAGCGGACAUACGGCGACUUUCAGGUCGGAACCAACAAACUCGCAUGUAUCAUCGACGGUGCGAAGCGAGACAGAGCUUCUUUUGGCGGUGAUGCCUUCGUCACCGGUCGGUCGAUUGCAUACUCCACUGCUGACUUCGAGGUAUGGAAAGGAACGAUACAGCUUCUGCUCAGUCAUCAGACCAAGGACGGGUAUCUUGGCAACCUGUGUCCUAUCCAGGCUCCAGAGCACGAUGGUGUAGAUGAUCCGCCAUACUAUGGCCACUACUCUCUGACAUAUGCACUACUACUGGUCGUCUCAAUCAAGGACUACUGGCUGCACUCGGGUGAUUGGUCUCUCGUGAAGAAGUCAUACGGCCAACUUCAACGACAGAUGGAGUUUACCAAGGGGUUCUUGAACUCUGAUGGGUUGGUGCAAGCACCGCCGUAUCUCUCAAUGACGUGGUUCCCCAUGGGCGGGCCUGUUUUCGGUGUCUCAACGGGUGUGAACCUUGCAUAUUUGGAUGCCCUGAACGCCAUGGCAUCAAUGUCUCCCGACAGGAAGACUGCGUCUGAGUAUUCCCAUCAAGCAGCGAAUCUAAAGCAGGCGUUGAUCCAUAUGCUCUGGAAUAACGAGCAAGGCACCGUGCGACCUGCUCUGUCUCUAGACCCUGAUGGAGUCUUCCAAGACGUCAACGCCUACGCAGCCACCUUGGGUGUAUCCACAGAUCAUCCAAAAGUGGUAGAAGGCGUUUUUCCAGACAGUGAGUCCUUACCAUUCGCAUUCCGCGGUCUUGAUAAAUGGGAUAAAUUUGCUUUGGCCAGUCCCUACGCAUCUGGGUUUGCACUAGAAGCUCUCUUGGCCAAGAAUGAAGGCAUUAAGGCAAGAGAGCUAUUAUCCCAGGUAUGGGGCGUCAUGGCAGACCAAGAUUGUCCAAACUACUCUGGUGCUCACUGGGAAGCUAUGAAGACUGACGGUUCACCUUUUAAUCAUGAUGUAUCGCUGGCUCAUGGAUGGUCUUCGUGGCCAGUCUUUCUGCUACCAAGAUAUCUUGCUGGUGUUUAUCCUCUUGAGGCGGGCUGGAAGAGAAUUGGCGUCGAGCCUGUUCUUGCAGGUUUAGAAGCGGUGAAAUAUUCACUUGAGACACCCCAAGGUCAUCUCUCCGUUGUAGUGCAUAUCAAUGAAGAGGGGGGCAAAGGUAGUGUCAAGAUCGUGGUGCCUCAGGGUAGUACAGCCGUAGUCAGGCCCCCGAAGAGUUGGGUUUUGGAAAAUGAUGCUGUCAUUCAAGGCUCUGGGACAGAAGUAUCCGUAAAGCUGUCAAAGUACGCUACUCUCAAGACUCUAUCUCUGCAAGAAAAAGUCAGGCUACUGUCUGGUACGCCAGAUGACUUCGUCUCAAUCGCAGGCAUCCCUGAAAAGAGCAUUGCACCACUCAAGACAGCUGAUUCAAUCAGUGGAAUACGCCCCAGUGAAUUCAACAGUACACUGACAACAGCAUGCUUUCCCAACACAGCCUGCAUAGCCUCAACAUGGAACACCGAGCUCUUGGAGAAGAUGGGCGCUGAGCUUACUCGCCAAGCCAAGAUCAAGCAUGCGCAGAUGAUCCUUGGGCCGACUAUUAACAUCCAGAGAGAUCCUCGCGCCGGACGCAACUUUGAGUGCUUCAGUGAAGAUCCGCUACUCUCGGGAUUCAUGGCUGCGGCUAUUGUGAAUGGUAUCCAAAGUAAAGGCUAUGGAGCCUGUGCGAAGCACUUUGUUUGCAAUGACUCUGAGACUCAAAGAAGGUAUUAUAAUGUUGAUGAGUCUCCGAAUGGAAGGGCCUUGAGGGAGAUUUAUCUCGCUGCUUGGUCGUUCCUCUUAAGGAAGUCGAACCCUGCUGGCGUCAUGACAGCAUACAACAAGGUCAAUGGAGCUUUCUGCUGCGACAGUGAAACUCUUAUCGAGGACAUUCUUCGAAAGGAAUGGGGCUACAAAGGCAUCGUCAUGUCAGAUUGGUUCGGCACUCGCUCUACCGUAGCGGCCAUGAAGGCUGGCGUUGAUGUUGAGAUGCCCGUUCCUGUCUUUAGGGGCGAGAGGCUCAUCAAAGCUGUAACGUCUGGUGAGAUCAGCGAAGAGGUUAUCGACGCCAGCGUCUCGCGGCUUCUCGACCUCCGUAACCGCACACAAGCGGCACAGAGCGAAGGACCGGAGAAAUCGGAGAUCAUCCAGGAGACCAACGACAUUGCACGCAAACUGGCUCAAGAAGGCAUCGUUCUUCUCAAGAAUGAGAACCAAACACUUCCGCUCCCAGCAGCUACUGGUUUGAGGAUUGGCGUCGUUGGCGAGUACGCCAAGAAGGCUGUCUUCACUGGCGGUGGCAGUGCAUCAUGCAACCCCCAAUAUCGCCAAGUUCCGCUCGAUCUCUUGCGUGAAGCAUUGUCGAAUGAGCAUACAGUGUCAUAUGCAAGCGGUGUUCGUAUGCGCCGUAUCAUUCCGACUGUACCAACGGAGAUAGUGAUGACGGACAAGGGCAAGAAGGGCGUCGAGGUGGCUUACCACAACUCUGGUCAAGAUGAGCCAGUUCUCGUUGAGACUUUGGAAGAAGCUGCUAUCAAUCUGAUGGCCCAGGGAAAGCCGGGGCUAAAGACACCUGGCUCUCAUGUGAAGAUGACUACCAACCUUGUCCCUGAGACUACCGGGACACAUACUCUUGCAGUGCGGCACUCGGGCUCUUUCACGGUUGAGGUUAAUGGCAUAUGUGUUCUCAAGGGCGGUGCACCAGACAUUACAACCGAGCAAUUCCUCUUCAAUCUGAUCAAGCUUGAGUCUCGAAUAGAAUUGCCGAUGGAAGCAGGAAAGUCAUACCACAUCUCUGUCACCAUGCAAUCCAGAGAAUCUGUUGUUGGCGAACCUACUCCAUAUGGCCUUACCCUUUCAUUUGAGGAAGAAUAUUCCGAAGAGCAGGCCAUAUUGGAUGCCAUCGAAGUUGCGAAGACAUCUGACAUCACCAUCAUUUACGCCGGUCGUAGCGAACAGUACGAGUCUGAAGGGUUUGACCUGGACGAGAUCACUCUUCCUGCCAACCAAGUCGCCAUGAUCAAGGCUGUCGCUGCUGCUUCGAAGAAAACAGCUGUUCUUCUACACUGCGGUAACCCCAUCGAUAUCAGUAACUUCGUUGAUGAUGUUGAUGCUGUUGUGAAUAUGCACUUCCCUGGUCAAGAAGGACCUCAGGCCAUGGUUGACAUCUUGACUGGAAAGGUGAAUCCUAGUGGGAGGUUGACGGCGACUUGGUUCAAGACACUACAAGACUGGCCCAGUUUUGGAAACUUCCCUGCUCAGAAGGACGAGGGUGGAGGCUUUACCAUCAAGUAUGCUGAGGGCUUGGAGAUCGGAUAUCGAGGCCGGGUGCCAGAGAGCCGAGUGCAGUUUCCCUUUGGUCAUGGAUUGUCUUACACUUCAUUCUCGUACGACGGUCUCAACGCCAGAUUGGACGGCUCCUCAAAUCCUUCAAUUCUCACAAUCAGCGUAAGUGUAACGAAUACUGGCAGCAUCGCUGGCAAAGAAGUGGUGCAGGUCUACAUCUACCCUCCUCAGAAUGGAGCUGAUUGGAGGCCAACUCGGGAGCUGAAGGGAUUCACCAAGGUUCAACUAUCGCCCGGUGAGACCAGAGAAGUGUUUGUGCAGAUUGAGGUCGAUACUUUCAACAGCCAUUGGAGUGAGGAUUCGCAUGCUUGGGCGGUGGAUAAAGGCGAGUAUGGCGUGGAGGUUGGAGACCGACGUGCCACUCUUAUGAUUUAG